AUGUCGGUCGACGCCCAACCUUCGGCGGCUGACCCGCAGUCUACUGUCCUCUCUGAGAAACCUACGACCGAACAGAGGAAACCUAUACACAGCAUCUGCCUCGACACAGGCCCGUUGAUCAAGAACGACCCCCCGGUCAGCACGCUCAUCGCCCAGGCGGACGAACUCUUCACACUGCCGUCGAUUAUUGACGAAAUUCGCGAUGCCGCUACGCGCACCCGAGUUGAGACAACGCUACUUCCCUUUGUCAAGUUACGGAAUCCCCGCCCCGCGAGCGUCAAAUUCAUUACCAAUUUCGCGCGUCGGACUGGCGACCUUGAAGUCAUGAGCAGGCCCGACAUUCAACUACUAGCGCUCACAUAUGAACUUGAAAUGGAACAGAAUAACGGCGACUGGAGGCUGCGGAAGGACCCGAAUCAGAAGGGUAUCAGCGCAAAGUUGAGGCGGCAGCGGCAGCAGCAGCACAGAGCCAGCUUGUUUUCGACAAAGGUCUCGCCUGCGGAGACGGUAACCGAGCUCGGGCCUACUGCGAAAGAGCAACCUCUUGCAGCGCACACCGAAGAUUAUAACGAGAAGGCUGGCACUUGGGUCGAGAUACCAGCCAAGGCCGAUCUCACAGCUGGAGUCAGCAGAAAAAUGGAGAAACUGGAAGUGCAAGACAAUAUCGAGGCUAAGCUCACGCCAGAGAGCGCACCAGCAGAGGACGAUGGAGCUGACUCGGACGACGGAUGGAUCACACCUUCAAAUCUGAAGAAGCACCAGGCAAAGGACACCAAUGAAGUCCUGCCGACAACUGCCGCUGUCUCUCUCAAAGUGGCCAUGCUGACAUCCGAUUACGCCAUGCAAAAUGUUGCUCUGCGCAUCGGCCUCAACCUCCUCUCCCCAGCAAUGUCACGCAUCACACAGGUAAAAAACUGGGUGCUUCGCUGCCACGGCUGCUUCCAGAUUUGCAAGAAGAUGGAUCGCCAGUUCUGCCCCAAGUGCGGACAGGCAACGCUGACGAGGACUUCGUGUACCACGGCCGAUGAUGGCUCGUUCCAGAUCCACUUGAAACGCAACUUCCAGUGGAACAACCGUGGCAAUGUCUUCAGCAUACCCAAGGCUGUCGCAGGCACGGCCAGCGGUAAGCUGCCGUCCAAGAGCGCUGGCGGCAAGAACAACUGGGGUACGAAGCUUCUGUUUGCGGAGGAUCAGAAAGAGUACGAGAGGGCAGUGGAGGAGAAGCGUCGCGAGCGAAAGAAGGACUUGAUGGACGAAGACUAUAUGCCCAACAUAAUCACCGGCGAGAGAACUGGCAGCAAUGGCAAGCUAAGGUUGGGUCCUGGUCGUAGCGUCAACUCGAAGCGCGCCAGGAGCUAG